CCGCCGUGAACCAUCACAGGCCGGCGCCCAGCUCCACUCGAUCUAGGGCCAUGGCGUUCGCUCCACGCGAUCAUAGAACCCUAGCCCAGAGAUCCAUUGAGCGGCAAAAUGAGCGCAUAUUCUUAUUCCCUAAAUUCUAUCCUAACGGCAAAUUUCUAGGGCUCCUGGGCGAUGGCAUGAAACGCAGCCUGGCGCCGGCUAAGGUAAGAAGAUUCCAGCUCAAGGAGGAGAAGGCAGGAUCUCGUUUUGAUUCUAGCGGCCACUACCGGGAUGCCCUUCGCCAAUGCCAGGAUCUCGAAAGUGUGAGGCAAAUCCACGAUCGCAUCUCUGGCGCUGCUAGCGCCAAUGUCUUCCUGGGGAAUGAGAUCGUCAGGGCCUAUGGAAAAUGCGGCAGUGUGGCCAGCGCCCGGGCGGCAUUCGAUGCGAUCGCGAGGAAGAACGACUACUCUUGGGGUAGCAUGCUUACCGCAUAUGCUCAGAACGGGCAUUACAGGGCCGCCUUGGAUCUUUACAAGAGGAUGGAUCUCCAGCCAAAUCCCGUGGUCUAUACCACCGUUCUGGGCGCCUGUGCCAGCAUCAAAGCUCUUGAGGAGGGAAAAGCGAUCCACUCUCGGAUUUCUGGGACGAAAGGCUUGAAGCUGGACGUGAUCUUGGAGAACUCUUUGCUCACCAUGUACGCGAAAUGUGGGAGCUUGGAGGAUGCCAAGCGCUUGUUCGAGAGAAUGUCUGGGAGGAGCGUUUCUUCGUGGAACGCCAUGAUUGCGGCAUACGCUCAAAGCGGGCACUUUGAGGAGGCCAUUCGACUCUACGAGGACAUGGACGUGGAACCGAGCGUCCGGACUUUCACCUCGGUGCUGAGCGCCUGCUCCAACUUGGGUCUGCUGGAUCAAGGUAGAAAAAUCCAUGCUUUGAUUUCUUCCCGUGGCACGGAGCUCGAUCUUUCCUUGCAGAAUGCUUUGCUGACGAUGUACGCUCGCUGCAAGUGCUUGGACGACGCUGCGAAGAUCUUCCAAAGGCUUCCCAGGCGAGACGUUGUUUCCUGGAGCGCGAUGAUAGCAGCGUUUGCAGAGACAGACCUCUUUGACGAGGCGAUAGAGUUCUACUCGAAGAUGCAGCUGGAAGGAGUCCGUCCAAACUACUACACCUUCGCCAGCGUUUUGCUCGCUUGUGCAAGUGUGGGAGAUCUCCGAGCGGGAAGAGCUGUCCACGACCAGAUCCUCGGAAAUGGUUACAAGAUCACUCUCGUCAAUGGGACAGCACUGGUGGACUUGUACACGAGCUACGGCAGCCUUGACGAAGCAAGGAGCUUGUUUGAUCAGAUAGAGAACAGGGACGAGGGACUUUGGACAGUUUUGAUCGGAGGAUACUCGAAACAAGGCCACAGAACUGGAGUGUUGGAACUCUACCGAGAGAUGAAGAACACCACCAAAGUUCCAGCGACCAAGAUCAUUUACAGCUGCGUCAUCUCGGCCUGCGCGAGCCUGGGGGCCUUUGCUGAUGCCAGGCAAGCUCACAGCGACAUAGAAGCCGAUGGAAUGAUCUCGGACUUCGUCUUGGCAACAUCGCUCGUCAACAUGUACAGCCGCUGGGGAAAUCUGGAGAGCGCCAGGCAAGUCUUUGACAAGAUGAGCUCGAGAGACACUCUAGCCUGGACGACUUUGAUUGCAGGCUAUGCGAAGCACGGUGAGCACGGACUGGCUCUCGGGCUUUACAAAGAGAUGGAGCUCGAAGGCGCCGAGCCGAGCGAGCUAACUUUCAUGGUGGUUCUCUACGCCUGCAGCCACGCCGGCCUCCAAGAACAAGGCAAGCAGCUCUUCAUUUCGAUCCAGAGCGACUACGCCAUGCAUCCAAACAUCGCCCACUACAGCUGCAUCAUCGAUCUCCUCAGCCGCGCUGGACGACUCAGCGACGCGGAGGAGCUCAUCAACGCAAUGCCGGUGGAACCAAACGACGUGACCUGGAGCUCGCUGCUGGGGGCGUCCAGGAUCCACAAAGAUGUCAAGCGAGCAACUCACGCAGCCGGACAGAUAACUAAGCUCGAUCCAGUCGAUCCCGCGAGCUACGUCCUCCUCUCCAACGUUCACGCGGUCACUGGGAACUUAGCCGGCAUGGCGAGCGUGAGGAACACCAUGGUGGCCAGGGGCGUGAAGAAGCGCCGGGGCAGCAGCUGGAUCGAGGUGGCGGACCAGAUCCACGAGUUUAACGUUGGGGACAAUUCUCAUCCGCGGUUCCAAGAGAUCUUCGCCGAGCUCCAGCGAUUGUCUCCCAAGAUCAAGGAAGCCGGCUACGUUCCAGAGAGCGAGGAAGUUCUUCACGACGUCGGGGAGAAGGAGAAGGAGCUGCUACUCCGGCUCCACAGCGAGAAGCUCGCCAUCGCGUUUGGGUUGAUCGCUACUGCUCCAGGGACGACGCUCCGGAUCUUCAACACGCUGAGGAUCUGCCACGACUGCCACUCGGCCGUGAAGUUCAUCUCGGCGAUUGCGCGGCGAGAGAUCAUCGUCAGGGAUAGCAGCCGGUUCCACAAGUUUCGCGAUGGCCAGUGUUCUUGUGGAGACUACUGGUAAUGGAUGAUGCUAUGAUCAGUGUCA